AAAUAUGACACUUGCACGUGGACUCGGGCAGAAGGCAGAACACUGAGGGGAGACAUAAGGGCCUGCAUACUCGGCUGCUGAAGUUGUUGUGUUGGUGCAAUAGUUUGCUCGUCUUGGUUCACCACGCGGCUUUUGUUCUCUUCAUUCAUCGACUCAGCAGCGGGCGAGCUUUGAAGAGUGCUGUCUCAAGAGUGCAGAGAAGCUGAGGUCAGGGCCAUGAACUUCUACAACCCUCUAUUGGUGGUGUGCGUGGUGGUGGCAGUGGUGGCGAAAGUGACCACGGCUGCUUACAUUCCUACCGCCUCGGAGGAGCAGGACGUCAUACACAGACUCUCCACCUUCAAGAGUUCGCAGAGCCAGUUAGUUCGAGGCCCCGAUGGUACCUACCGUUUUUCCUUCUCGCAUCCCCAGCAGGAGAGGACAGAGCAGCGGGAGAAGAACGGGAAGGUGAUCGGCUCUUACGCCGUCGUGGACCCUGUUGGCGAGGAAGUGUCGGUCAAUUACGAAGCCGACCAUGAAGGGUUCCGCGCAGAGAGUGACGCCCUUCCCCAGGUGUGGGUGGCGGCGGUGGCGGGCUGGUGUUGCUCCACAGCAGCCAGCCAGACUCUCUACGAAGGCCCACUGCUCUCCACCUUCAAAGAGAUAACACAGAGGGAAUCUCGGGGCCCGCUGGGCUCAUACCAGUUCUCCUUCUCCCUCCCGCAGCAGGAGAGAUUCGAACAUAGGGACGAACAGGGAAAGGUGACCGGCACGUACACUUUCGUGGAUAAGAUCGGGAAUGAAGUGUCCGUGAAUUACGACGCUGAUCAUUCUGGGUUCCGCGCCAGGAGUGAUUCCCUUCCGCAGCCGCCGCAGGACACCCCAGACGUGGCCAAGGCAAAAGAGGAAUUCCUGAGACACUACCAGCGAACAGCGCAGCUCCUGAAGGUGUUUGACGAGGAGGAGUCUUCUGAGUCUUCUGAGGAGGACGAUGAUGACGAGAGUGAAAGUGACGAGGAUAGCAGUAGCUCGGAGGAAGGCGAGGACAGUGACGAGGACGAGGAGGAUGAUGAUGAAGAGGAAGAGGAUGAGGAAGAGGAAGAAGAGGACAAAGGGCAAGAGGAAGAGGAAGACGAGGAUGAGGAAAGUGUGAGAGGACAAGGAAAUAACGAAAGAGGAAGGGAGGAUGAAGAGGAGAAAGAUGAGGAGACGGAGAAUGAGCAGCUAAGUGAGACCAGGCUGUUGUUUGAAAGGAUCUUACCUGCGCAGCUGAAUAUUCCUUUGAAUCCCACGCAAAGGACGGAUAAGGUAGUAACAUUCAACCCGUCUCUCCUCCGCCAGCCAAGAUUUAACUCGAACAGGCAAAUUUUCUCACCUGGUCAAAAUUCCUUUCCUUGAAUUAGACCUACAACCUAGCCUGCUUCUUUCCCAUCCUUCCUUCCCUCCCUUGCCUUCCAGUAUUCUUUAAUCUCAUUGAUCUUUUCCAUUUUCUCAGUUUAGUUUUCUGUUCUUCUUCCUUCCGUGAUCUGUUAUGUGCGAGAUCUUCCGGAUAUUGACUGAAGAAUCCAUUUACCCGAUAAGAGUUAAGUGCAUUUCACCAAAAGAACACCUAGAGAAGAAAUGGAAAAGAGGAUUCGAUAACUUUCCUUUAUUCGACAACAAAUGGUGGAUGUGAUGGAAAGAGUUAAAAAAAAAGGAGAAACUUUAUUAUCUCCUUCUAUCAUCUUUCUCUCUUCCGCGCCUUCCUCCUCUUCGUCUUUCACUAUACGUAAGAGGGAGAAGAGGAAGUGUCAAUAUAAUCAUCUGUCAUAUCCUCUUCUUCUUCCAUCUCCUCUUUCUCCGUCAUUGGUGGCUAAUAAAACUAAGGGCAGAGCGUC